GCGGGGCCUGAAUAGGACCAGGAAAUGGCGGCGGCCGCGGGCUGCCCGCCUGCCACCAUGCUGCCCCUGCGCCUGUGCCGGCUGUGGCCCUUCAACCCUCCCACUCGGUUCUUCGCAGCGGCCGCCCGGCAGCGGUCUGGCCCCAGUAACUACUAUGAACUGUUGGGGGUGCAUCCUGGUGCCAGCGCUGAAGAAGUUAAACGAGCUUUCUUCUCCAAGUCCAAAGAGCUGCACCCUGACCGGGACCCAGGGAACCCAGCCCUGCACAGCCGCUUUGUGGAGCUGAGUGAAGCAUACCAAGUGCUGAGCCAUGAGCAGAGCCGCCGCAGCUAUGACCACCAGCUCCACUGGUCAGCUUCCCCAAAGUCUCCGGGAACCACAGCCCAUCCCAGGUCUGCUCAUCAGGCUCACAGCUCCUGGGCACCCCGCAAUGAACACUACUGGGCCCAGUUUCAUGAAGUGAGGCCUCAGGGACCACAGUCAAGGCAGCGGCAGCACAAACACAACCUGCAGGUGCUGGGAUACUGCCUGCUGGUCAUGCUGGCAGGCAUGGGCCUGCACUAUGCUGCCUUCAGGAAACUGGAGCAGAUGCACCGUAGCUUCAUGGAUGAAAAGGAUCGGAUCAUCACAGCUAUCUACAAUGACACUCGGGCCCGGGCCAGGGCCAACAGAGCCAGGCUUCAGGAGGAGCAACAGCGGAGGCAGCAGCUGCAGCCACCAGCCGGGUCUCCGCAAGGCCCCGAGCUGGUGUCCCCCGGCCCCAGCCCCUGAGCGGCUCACCUUGGAGCGCUCACCUUGGAUGGAGCCUGCGGUGUGCUCCCUUCUGGGACGCCCCACUCCCCAAAACGCGUGCAAUAAAGUGAUUCUCAGAGCUCGUGUCUGGCUCCCUCCUGCGGGCGCAGCGCCCCCAGCCCGGGCCCCGCCCUCCGGGUUCUGGCGGCGGCAACCCGGGAGCCCGGCCCCCUGGGCGGUGCGUCCCCUUUCCCCUGCUGCGGCGGGAGGGGGGUGUGCGUGGAGGGGGCGGGCCCCGCCGGCGGCCUCGCCCCCCCUCCCCCGCCCCGCCCCCGCCCCGCGGCCCGGUGGGGAGCGCGUGUCUGGGUCACAUGAGCCGCCCGCCCGCCAGCCCGGGCCCGGCCCCCCGCCGCCCCCGCCGUCCCCGCCGCCCGCCGCCACC